AGGAACAAAGGUGGUGGUCUGUUCGUUCAAAAACACAAACGUGACGUAUUCCAAAAUCAACUACCUCAUCGGCCGAAGGAAUACGGCGAAGACAUCGAUUUGUGGAUUAUCGAUCAGGCGACUCGAUAGUGUUUUUUUUUCUUAGGGAUUGGGUUACAUUACGCCAUUGCCCUGAAAUUAGGCGUUAUUCCCCAGAUUUUCCUACACAACGGAGGUGUACCGGCCGCUACUCGGAUGCAUUAGCUUUGCUCGGUAUCGCCUACAGACACAGCGACUCAUAGCGACGUAGCGCCUAAAUUUCCAGCUACACAUCGGUACGUUAUCGGCGUCAAGCGAAUCGUACUUGCCCUGAAAUCCCGUUCAGGCUGGCAAAUUAACUCCCAUUGGAGGGGAAAAGAAGGAAGUCGUGAGGGACAUACAAGAGCAUUUAGGGAUCCACAGGUCUUAAAGGACCUAAAAUCUUUAGCGCAACAUGCCACAUCGAGUAGUCGACUUUUUUAGGUCUUCCAACGACAACAUCAACAUUCACAGCAUCAAAACAUCUAUACAGCGAAGAAGUAACCCUAACUCGAGAUCCACUUCGAGGGAGAGGCCUACGCGCCAUUCCUCCCCCGCAUCUUCUGUUUUAGAGGGAGCCGACCACGUUCAAUCGCCGAUUUACUCAGCUGCCCCUGCAGUAAAGAUGACGGAACCUUCUAAGGAAAAGCAAAAGGAAUCUCACAGUCACCACAGACUAAGUUUCCCUAGCUUGCAUCUCGGCAGUUCCAAGGCCUCUAAAGAACCACCCCAAAACCCCUAUGCAUCCUUAGACUGGAGAAUCGAAUCGCCACCCGUUUUAAUGCAUGGUGAACCAGAAAACAGCACAGGCGCAUUGGUUUCUGGUCAAUUAUUAUUAGAUGUGAAGGAAGAUGGAUUUGAAGUUGAGAGAUUCGAAGCGAAAUUAAAUAUUCAUGUCGUACAAAAGCGACCCUUUGCAGGACACUGCCAACACUGCUCAAACCAGACGACCGAGGUGAAAUCAUGGACAUUCUUGAGUGAGCCGACGAUCCUCUCGAAGCGCGUCCAUGAAUUCCCUUUCUCUGUUUUAUUAGAUGGACAUCUACCUGCAACAACAGACAACUCAAUUGUCUCUAUCCGCUAUGAUUUCUCAGCGGAGGUAACGCCCCGAACAGGGCCUAUAAUUAAGCUCACAAAGAACAUAAAUGUAAAGCGAUCAGUACAGGUCCCGGAACUACCACACCACAGCGUCCGAAUUUUCCCACCCACCAACAUUGCUGCUAGCGUGCACUUCUCACAAGUGAUCCACCCUAUCAGCACUAAUACUUUUACCCUACGCCUCGACGGUAUUGUCAAGCAUAACACAGAAGCCAAGACCGUUGAAUACUGGAAGCUUAAGCGAUUAUCAUGGAAGCUAGAAGAAAAUAUGGAGACUGUUGCGCCUGCCUGCGAAAAGCACUCUCCUAAGGAUCCGGAAACCGGUCUGCCCACAAAGAAAGGAACGAAACGCACGGACGCGCGAACAAUUGCGCAUGCUGACAUGCACAAUGGGUGGAAGGCCGAUUACUCACCAUCUGGAAGUAUCGACAUGGAAAUCGAAUGCUCCCUCCCGCCAAGCGCAAAGGCUGCGUGCGAUUUAAAGAGCCAGGAUGGUACCCAGGUGACGCAUCAGCUGGUGGUGGAAAUGGUGGUCGUCCAGGAGUAUGCACCAACCGCCCACCUAAAGCAGAUAACACCGACCGGAGUCGCACGAAUACUACGCAUGCAUUUUGGCGUCGUAGUUACUGAACGAGCUGGCCUAGGCGUCAGCUGGGAUAACGAAGCUCCUCCGAUCUACCAGGAUGUACCUCCGUCGCCGCCUUCUUAUUCAUGCAACAUACCUUACGAAAGCGUUGAGGACCUUACUUUAAACCGAAGAAGUCAGGAGGAAGCACCUAGAGCGCAGAGCCCACCGUAUGUGGAGCAAGAACCGCCUAGGCCGGAAACUGAGCCGGAAGGUGGGGCAAACAACCCCGACGCUGAUGAACCCGCACCCUAGGAAACUGUGGAUCAACGGCCACGCGAAAGGAAUAGUUUUCCAAGAUUGCUUGGAUCAUUAUGGAGGGAUAUAAUUAGGAUUUUCACUUUAAUUGGCACUAGGAGUUGAAUGGUGUUGUCUUGCGAUAGGAGAGGAAAAAAAGUACAUUAUACCCCACGCGAGUAUUCUCGCUUUUGCAUUAGGAGAGGGCAACAUCGGAAUGCAUAGCAUCGACCCGGAUUGGGGUUUGAGGCCUGGAUAGAAAGAGCUAGACAUACCCCAACGAUAAGACGAAACGCUGCAAACAAUAGCGGUAUGAUAAUUAAUAUAUUAACAAUAUGAGUAAUUGAAGUUUUCA